CCACGCCCACCCCGGCUUUCUGCUCUCAGAUCAGGUGAUCGCGCUUUAUCACGUGACAUCGACAGGACAUCACGUAUUUCCGGGUACGUUUAAAUUUAGCGCUUUUCGCUGCCUUUGUCUUUGAUUGGGUCGCGUCGUCGUACCGUCUUGUUGCGUUGAGGCAGAACAUUUUGCGUGAACAUGCAACUGCGGAUAGAUGACAGAUUUUGAUCUUCGACGUUACUUCAGCCCAGGCACUGUCGUGAUUCGUUGACUCCUCUUGAAGAUUGGAGUGACUGUAAUUCAAGAUGGACGGAGAUGGCAUGAUGAAUGAUCUAAAAUGUCCAGUGUGUCUAGAUGUCUUUAAGGACCCUACCAUCCUCAACUGUGGACACACCUUCUGCAGGGGUUGUCUACAAUCGCAAGAUCAGCUGCACAUUAAUCGGCAUGGUAUUACCUGCCCCGUUUGUCGAGGCGUCACCGGGUUUGGACGUGGUCGUGUCGCGGGACUCACGGCCAACCUGCUGGUCAGAGGACUCCUAGAUGACUCUCAAACUCAAGCCCACCCACAACAGUACUGUGAAUUCUGCCCGCUGCAUAGUAAACUCUACCUGGAUAUCUUCUGUGUGGAGUGUGAAGAACUGAUUUGCUUAAGCUGUUAUGCAACUCAGCACAAGGAUCAUGUAGUACAGAAGAAGGAAGAGAUUGAAGGAGAGAUGAUGAAGGAACUGAAAGGGAUCAUUGGGAGAGGGAAGUCCAGGAAAACUCAAUUGGUAAAUUUCAAGGAUGAAAUUGAGCAGCAGAGUGACAUGAUCCAGUGUCACAUUGGACAUUUACAAGUUCAAAUACGAGAAUCGUUUGCCAAGAAGGUAAAGGUCCUUGAGAAACAUCAAAAGAAGCUACUAAAGGAGUUGGAUCACGCUUCCAUGCUUUUGGAUGGCAUCAUGAAAAAUCGCUGCCUCUCGGAGCUUGACAUCGAUAUCCGUAAAGUUGGCAGUUCCGUCGCUAGUCUCACUGGUAAUAACGCCUUUAAGUGUCCCGACACAAGAACCUUUCGCAGCAAUCGCGAGAGUUUCCAUUAUCUCAAGGGUUUAUCAUCUGAUGAGGUGAUAUCCAAUGUUCAUUCACGCAUGAGGGAUGAGGCAACAUCUUGCCUAUCUGAUGCAGAAAGAUGCCGGUUUCUUCCUCUCGAUGGUAACAAUCUGGACUUGGGUCAUCUAGAAAUCCCAGAGUAUCUUAAAAAGUGUGAAUCACCAUCAGAUGUCUUGAUGGACCUCGAAAUUGAUAUUAUGAAUUGACAGGUGUGUGCUACACUUUUGUGUUAAUUUGUACUUCUGCUGGUGGAUAUUUUUAAUGAGAUACAAUUUUUUAUUUAUGUUAGACUUAAAGGACAAGUCCACCCCAACAAAAACUUGAUUUGAAUAAAGAGAAAAUCCAACAAGCAUAACACUGAAAACUUCAUAAACAUCGGAUGUAAAAUAAGAAAGUUAUGACAUUUUAAAGUUUUGCCUAAUUUCACAAAACAGUUAUCUGCACAUCCUGGUUGGUAUGCAAAUGAGACUGAUGAUGUCAUCCACUCACUAUUUCUUUUGUACAUGUACAUGUAUUCUGUUAUAUGAAAUAUUCUAAUUUUCUCUGUAUUGUCAAUUGAAACAACGAUUAAUUCCUCCCUGAAUAUGUGGAAUUAGCAUUGUUUAGUACAUGUAUAUUAAACAAUGCUAAUUCCACAUGUUCAGGGAGGAAUAUGGUUCAGUCAAGGCGGUCCUUAUUGUCAAAUAUGUAAAAAAUGAAAUAUUGUGUAAUUCAAACAAUAAAAAAAAAUAGUGAGUGAAGGACAUCACCGACUGUCUCAUUUGCAUGUCACAGAAUUGUGCAUAUCACUUUUUUGUGAAAAAUAAAAUGAAACUUUAAAAUGUCAUAACUUUCUUAUUUUACAUCCGAUUUUGAUGAAAUUUUCAGUGUUAUGCUAGUUUGAUUUCUCCUUAUUUAUUCAAAUCAACAUUUUUCUGGGGAGGACUUGACCUUUAAACUUUAAAUCAAAGGACGGUGGUGGUAAUCGUACAUGUAACAGCUGCUCUACUAACCAGGGUAGUUAUGCUGCAUUUAAUUUAAACUCUGGUCUAAAGUUGUGGUUUAACUAUGGAUAGCCAAUUGUGACAUAAAUCUCUAACAGUAGAGGUUCAUACAGGUACAUAUGUACAUGUAGUAUCAGCUGACUUGACUCUCAAAUCAUCAUUCUUAACUGUCUGAGAAGGAUAGAUAAUAUAAUUGUCUUCACCAUUCAAGAAUGAGGAAAGAGCACAGUAAACAUAAGAAACAUACCAUGUGAACAAAUUUUGACAUUUUUGUCUUCCCAUAAUUUUAGCACAGAGUUAGACCAAGGUUUAAGUUAAAUCUGAAUUCAGAAUAAGGGCAUAAGUGUCUCCAAUGGAAGUAGGAGACCAAUCUCUAUCUUGUUAACCAUUACAGGUUUUUUGCAAUAUUUACAGUAUUACUCAGCUCAGAAAAGGAGCAGUCUAAUUGUGAUUAUAACAAUGUUUAUGAACUUUGAAUCUAUGGCUUUAAUACAUGUGAACUUGGAUCUGAGUACAAGGUACAUUUUUUUGUAUCAUUAAUUACAAAUGUAGAUAUUUACAUGUGUAAAUACAUGUAGCACUAACAAAUACAAAAUGAUAUAAUCCACCAAAUAUUUUAUUACGAUUAUACUCAGGCUUGGCUAUAAAAUGUGUAGGCCAUCAUUACACUUAAAGUCGAACAAAUUGAUCAUUUUAAAGAAACAAUCAUUUGUUAAAGACGUACAGUAUCUGUACAUGUAGGAAGGUCCUCAAAAAGUAUCCUUUUCCAUUUAAAAUCAAAGUGAUACAUUGUGUAGACCCGUUCUGUUGACUAGUUCUGCAAACUGCAUACAUAAUGAGCUGGGUACAUGUACACAUGCUUACAUGUAUAUGAAUCAAACUCUGCUUUUAAUUUGGCCAUUAUUGCUCUAAAUCUAUCAGUUUGUUUUUGUGUUUUUUCUAGUUUUAAAGUGUUUAAUUAAUCAAAAAGAAUUAUGUAAUAUAAAAAUGUUCAUGUACGUGUGUGAUUUGGUCAUUACUCAUUGGUGCUCUAAGUCUGUAAGAAUUUCAUGUUAUUGGUAUCUUUGCAAAGUGUUUGAUU